AUGGCUCCGAGUGACGCGUCACGAAGAAAUGUGAAGAAAGCGUCGAAAAUGCUAAAUCCUAUAGAUAAGCUUAAAUGUUUGCCUCCACUUGAAGAGAGGAAGACUAUUGAUGGGUACUCAAUUUCGCAGUGGGGGUGGGAUCAGGAGUCGAAAAAGCAGGAGCUCAGUGCCACUACUGCUCGGUUCUUAAUAGCAAAAAAUGAACGCGGAGAACCUAUUGGUUAUAGUCACUAUCGUUUCGACAUGGACCAUCAUUCUUCUGUUGUUUACUGUUACGAAAUUCAAAUUGAAGAAAGGUAUCAGAAAAAAGGUGUUGGAACUCUGUUAAUACAAACACUGGAAACAUUAGCUGAAAGGACGGGUAUGGAAAAAGUGAUGGCUACAGUUUUCGCGUUCAACGAAAAAUCUCUGGCUUUUUUCCAUAAACUCGGUUAUGGGACUGACGUUUCUUGUCCGGAUGAAAAUCAAGAAAGAGACUACCUUAUCCUUAGCAAAAAGGUUUGCUAG